AUCAAUUAGCAGGUUCUAUCGAUAAUAUUGAGGAUGGCUUCGCUAUUCUCAUAGAAAAUGUAUCUGAAAUGAAAGAGGAUAUUAAGGAUAUUAAGAAGAUUGUUGUGAUGUUGAAAGGAUUUGAAGAUUUUAAUGUACUAAAAACCAUGAUUGAAGCUCAAACGGAAAAACGUGGUAAUACCCGAAAAUGGAUCAGAAAUUCUGAUAAUUAUGAAGUAGCUUUUACUGAAAUGAAUUCCCUUCCGGAAGAUUUUUAUUUUGAAAUCAGUAUGCUAAAAAGACUUCAAGAGUCACGUGAUAUAAUACAAUUUUUUGGUAUAGUUGAAAAUGAACGUCUAUCAAAAACUUAUUUGGUUACAGAAUGGUCAAAAUAUGGUAGUUUAGAAGAAUAUUAUAGAAAUGAAAAACUUGAAAACUCCCUAAAACUACAAAUUGCGUUAGAUAUUGUACGUGGACUUAAUUUUCUUCAAGCGUACAAGAUUUUACAUCAUGAUGUGCGAAGUGCUAAUAUCAUGAUCGACUCUCAUAAACAUGCUAGACUGGCCAAUUUUGGUAUGAGCCGUCGCUUUGCUGACGCCUCAAAAAACCUUAAAAACGUCAUUGAUGCUAGUAGAUAUAAGGCUCCUGAAAAAAUAAAAUAUAGUGAUUACAAAUAUGAUUCAAGAUGUGAAAUCGCCGAAACGGAUCUUCCAUUUUCAAAUAUUGAAACACAUCUCAUAGAGACCGAAAUUUUGAAAGCUUCGCUUCCAUUAACAUUUAGAAGUGAUGUACCUGAAAAAUGGAAAAAGCUUGUUUUUAAAG